AUGCCACCCAAUCCUUCUAUCGAGAUCCCCACUUCGUACGAAACGCUACCGACAACUCACAUCAAGCUUUCGCAUCAUCCUGCUGGAAGUGCAUCCGCAACUCCCGUUGUAAUCAUCACCCUGAACCGCCCGGAGAAGCGCAAUGCUUUCACACCUCAGAUGGCCGAUGGCCUGGAGAGGGUCUUCGCCACGCUGGAUCUUGAUGAACGUGUCAAGAGCGUGGUACUGACCGGCGCUGGGUCUACUUUCUGUGCCGGAGCAGAUCUUGAGAUCGGCUUCCGUGGAGGGCCAGAGAGAGCUGGCGAUCAUCGCGAUAGGUACCCUGGCCUCCACCCACCAAGACUGGCCAUGAAUGAUAACCAAUCCCAUCUAGUGGCGGUCGAGUUGCCCUGGCUAUUCACAGAUGUCGCAAACCCACCAUCGCCGCGAUACAAGGGUCGGCCAAUCGCCCACGAGAAGAGCAAGUACGGUUUUGUGUUUGCCCGGCGCGGCAUCACUAUGGAAUCUUGUUCCUCCUAUUUCCUCCCCCGGUUGAUAGGAUACUCGCGGGCCCUGUACCUAGUCUCCACUGGCGGCGUGUUUCCUGCCAUAUCCCCUCACUUCGACGGCUUGUUUGCCGAGACAUUGCCCGAGCAAGCGCAGAUCCUACCGCGCGCUCUCGAAUUAGCAGCCGAGAUAGCACAGAACGUCAGCCCCAUGGCGUCUGCGCUUAAUCGCGCCCUGCUGUGGCGGGGAUCGGAAUCGGCUGAAGAAGCCCACUUGUUGGAGUCUAGCAUCAUCUCGCAGGUGUUUGGCUCCAAGUAUAUCUCCCGUUCUAUAUCCCCUGGAUCUACAUGUGCCGAGACUGACGCUCUUUCCAGGGAUCAAUUGGAAGGCGUGAAGGCCUUCUUUGAAAAGCGCAACCCCGACUUCACGGCCACCUUGGAGGAACAUGGGCCGGCGAAUUAUCCAUGGUGGCAUGAAGUGAACAUCCAUACGAAACCGAAAGCUGUCAAGGAGACGUCUAAACUGUAG